GAUGGAGCCGCAGCACGUGCGCCCUGCGCCGGGCGUCCGCAGCCCGGCCUGGGAGGAACCGGAGUCGGAGAGGAUGGCCGGGGCCAGCGGCCAGCACCCUCCGGGCGCCGCGGGAGGAGCGGCCUCCGGGGCCGGCUCAGGGGCGGCCGCCUCGGCUGGGCCAGGAGAGGAUUCGUCCGACAGCGAAGUGGAGCAAGAGGGACCGCAGAAACUGAUCCGCAAAGUGUCCACCUCGGGGCAGCUCCGGACCAAGACCAGUAUUAAAGAAGGACAGCUACUGAAGCAAACUAGUUCUUUCCAGAGAUGGAAAAAACGAUACUUUAAACUUCGAGGCCGAACACUUUAUUAUGCAAAAGACUCAAAGUCUCUGAUAUUUGAUGAAGUUGACCUCUCAGAUGCCAGUGUAGCUGAAGCAAGCACAAAAAAUGCCAACAACAGCUUCACGAUAAUCACUCCCUUCAGGAGGCUCAUGCUGUGUGCUGAGAACAGAAAAGAGAUGGAGGAUUGGAUCAGCUCCCUGAAGUCUGUCCAGACCAGAGAACCUUACGAGGUGGCCCAGUUUAAUGUGGAACAUUUCUCAGGGAUGCACAACUGGUACGCCUGCUCCCACGCCCGCCCCACCUUCUGUAACGUGUGCCGAGAGAGCCUUUCUGGAGUCACCUCCCAUGGGUUGUCCUGUGAAGUGUGCAAAUUCAAGGCGCACAAGAGAUGUGCCGUGCGGGCAACAAACAACUGUAAGUGGACGACGCUGGCCUCCAUCGGGAAGGACAUCAUGGAGGAUGAAGAUGGAGUCGCGAUGCCUCACCAGUGGCUGGAGGGCAACUUGCCUGUGAGCGCCAAGUGUGCAGUGUGUGACAAAACCUGUGGCAGUGUUCUCCGUCUCCAAGAUUGGAAAUGCCUUUGGUGUAAAACAAUGGAGAUGAAUGAGCUAGAAGUUCGUCUCCAAAAGGAUUGGCCUGAGCCCCGCAAGGACGAUUUAAGAUUAUUUCAGAAGUUUGACAAUUUCCGGAUUCUUGUUUGUGGAGGAGAUGGAAGCGUAGGUUGGGUUUUGUCAGAAAUUGAUAAGCUCAACCUGAAUAAACAGUGUCAGCUGGGCGUACUACCCUUGGGCACCGGCAACGACCUGGCCCGAGUUCUUGGCUGGGGAGGUUCACACGACGAUGACACGCAGCUUCCUCAGAUACUAGAGAAGCUGGAACGAGCCAGUACCAAAAUGUUGGACAGGUGGAGUAUAAUGACAUAUGAACUCAAAUUACCCCCGAAGGCAUCUCUGCUUCCUGAACCUCCAGAAGCACCUGAAGAAUUCUAUAUGACAAUUUAUGAAGACUCGGUUACAGCUCAUCUUUCAAAAAUCCUCAAUUCUGAUGAACAUGCAGUGGUCAUAUCGUCAGCCAAGAUACUUUGUGAAACGAUAAAGGACUUUGUUGCCAAAGUAGAGAAGGCCUACGAUAAAACGCUGGAAAAUGCCGUGGUAGCACAAGCUGUGGCUACCAAAUGUUCGGUCUUAAAUGAGAAACUUGAACAACUCCUGCAAGCUUUGCACACAGACUUCCAGGCUGCCCCCACUCUCCCGGGCGUCGGGGCGGUCAUCCUAGAAGAAGAUGUCGUGGAAUCUUCAAGCGAAGAAUCCUUGGGGGAAAGCAAAGAGCAGCUUGCGGAAGAUAUUAUGAAACCAUCCUCCCAGAAAGCCAUCAGACCAAGGGAAAUAAUGUUGCGAGCAAACAGCUUAAAGAAAGCAGUGAGGCAGGUCAUUGAAGAAGCUGGAAAAGUUAUAGACGAGCAGACAGUUAUCUGUACUGAUUAUGAUAGUACCGAGACAGAUGAAUCCAAAGAAGAAUCUAAAGAAGAUUCAAGAGAAUCAUUAACUGGCCUUUUGUCAACAGUUAAAGCUGCACCGCGGUCUCCAGAUGCUCGGGCAAGUCGUGGCCAUUCACAAACUGAUGCUCUUCCUGGUCCAGCUGUAACAGCCACCAAAGAAAACCUGCCUGUACUCAAUACUAGAAUAAUUUGCCCAGGUUUAAGAGCAGGACUAGCUGCCUCAAUUGCUGGGAGUUCUAUUAUCAACAAAAUGUUACUAGCCAAUAUUGAUCCUUUUGGUGCAACGCCAUUUAUUGACCCAGACGUAGAUUCAUUAGAUGGAUAUUCAGAAAAAUGCGUUAUGAACAAUUACUUUGGGAUUGGAUUGGAUGCAAAAAUUUCUUUAGAAUUUAAUAAUAAGAGAGAAGAGCACCCUGAAAAAUGCAGGAGCCGAACUAAAAACUUGAUGUGGUAUGGAGUCCUUGGGACCCGGGAAUUAUUACAGAGAUCUUAUAAGAAUUUAGAACAAAGGGUUCAACUUGAGUGUGAUGGACAGUAUAUUCCUCUUCCUAGUCUUCAAGGCAUAGCAGUGUUGAACAUCCCGAGUUACGCUGGAGGCACUAACUUCUGGGGUGGAACCAAAGAAGAUGAUAUAUUUGCUGCUCCAUCAUUUGAUGACAAAAUCCUGGAGGUUGUUGCAAUAUUUGAUAGCAUGCAAAUGGCAGUGUCAAGGGUCAUCAAACUGCAGCACCAUCGAAUAGCCCAGUGCCGUACGGUAAAAAUCACUAUAUUUGGUGAUGAAGGAGUCCCAGUGCAGGUGGAUGGUGAAGCAUGGGUUCAGCCUCCAGGAAUCAUCAAAAUUGUGCACAAGAACAGAGCUCAGAUGCUAACAAGGGACAGGGCCUUUGAGAGCACUCUGAAAUCUUGGGAAGAUAAACAGAAGUGUGACUCUGGCAAACAAGUUCUUCGAACCCAUUUGUACAUCCAGCAUGCCGUUGACUUGGCCACAGAAGAGGUGUCGCAGAUGCAGCUGUGCUCCCAGGCUGCAGAGGAGCUAAUUACCAGGAUUUGUGAAGCGGCCACAAUUCACUGUCUCCUGGAGCAAGAACUGGCCCACGCUGUGAACGCGUGCUCACAUGCGCUGAACAAAGCCAACCCGCGGUGCCCGGAGAGUCUUACAAGAGAUACUGCUACUGAAAUAGCCAUCAACGUGAAGGCGCUAUAUAAUGAAACAGAAUCUUUGCUAGUUGGCAGGGUUCCUUUGCAGUUGGAAUCUCCACACGAAGAGCGGGUAUCCAGUGCCUUACACUCUGUGGAGGUGGAGUUACAGAAAUUAACGGAGAUCCCCUGGCUUUAUUAUAUCUUGCAGCCCAAUGAGAAUGAGGAGCCUCCUAUGGAUUGCACAAAAAGAAACAAUAGAAGCACAGUAUUUCGUAUAGUGCCAAAGUUUAAAAAGGAAAAGGUUCCAAAGCAGAAGACAAGUUCACAGCCCGUUCAGAAAUGGGGCACAGAGGAAGUUGCUGCUUGGCUGGAUCUGCUCAAUUUGGGAGAGUACAAAGAAAUCUUCAUCCGUCAUGACAUCAGAGGGGCUGAACUUUUGCAUCUGGAAAGGCGAGAUCUGAAGGACCUGGGGAUACCGAAAGUGGGCCACACGAAGCGCAUUCUCCAGGGAAUUAAAGAGCUUGAAAGGAGCACUCCCCAGUCUGAGGUGUAAUAAAAUUGGUGCUAUUCCUUGGAAGAGAAGUAUCUCAUGGUUAAUACAAAAUCCUGGGAAGCAGUUGGCUGCUCUUCUGGGUUUCUGCAUAGAUAAGCAAGCACGACUGAAGCGCCUCUGUGCUUAAUAUUUUCUGUGGGUGAAAAUUUUGAUUUGAGGUAUAAGAAAAUAUUUUUGUGCCAAAAAUACAUUCCAUAAAGCCAUUUUCUUAUUGUGCAAGCCUGACAUGUAUAAAUGUGCUCACAGCAGUUUGUAAAAAAUAGGAAUCUGAAAUGAUGGCAAUAUCUAAAAGGUGGAAUUGCUGUUUGCUUUCCUUUGACCUGGUCUUACAGAAGGCUUUUCCUGUGUGACUAUGUAAUAGUAUAUGGAUAAAACUCCUUAGGUUUCAUUAUCGGAGGCAUUGACUUCUUCCUUAAAAUGGUUAGGAGACAAGAUAAAAAUUAAAUUUCGUUUUCAGUGUUAGAUUGGUAUCACUUCCGGUUCCCAACACUCACUGGUCAAAGACUAUGGUUAAACAAACCCAUCAAAUAGUAUAAAUAAUGCACAUCUGAAUGCACGAUGCUCCUGCCUGAAUUGUCUUUCCUUUCUCUGCAUGUCAUGUAUAAUAAUGUAAUACUUAUAUCUUUAAUGUCAGUUUUAAUGGAAUUUAUGUAUUACUUCCCAAGUCCCUUUUUGUUGGCUGAGGGCACUGCACUUUUCUGUUCUUUAAUGUGGAUUUCUGCAGAUAGGUAUCUGUACCUAAGACUCAGUAAACUCGUGUACAUGCCAUAGUCGACAGCUGCUAUCCAUCCCGGGUAAGCCAGUUUUAGUUCAGUCUGUCUCCAACUGUAGGUGUGCACACUAAGAAAAUUCUGUGGGUAUUUUCAUAAGCUUACAUGCUCUUUCAUGUAACAAAAGGUAUUACAGUUUUCCAAACCACAUUUCCU